AUGAGCAGCAGUUUUGGGGCCGAACACAAGAAGGAUCCAGAGAUUGAUGCUCGGUUGACGAAUUUGUUGGGGCCACCAUUGGACUGUGAAGGGCUCUGUGCUUGGCCGUUGCUCCCCUCCCUGUUGCACGGCCCCUGGCAAGGUCCGUCCCCGGCGGCGCUCCGCGGCAUUUUGCGGUCUCUCGGAGUUGCGGCUGAAGAGCUCAAGGGACGGCCCCGUACCUGGCGAGGAGUCUUCAUUCGAAGAGACGGUUGUGUGUUGGUGCUGGAUCUGCGUGGGAGGCCCAUCAGCGGCAGAUUGGACGCGCUCAGCAAUCUCACCACCCUACAGUAUCUCUACCUCUCCGACACCGGCAUCACUGGAAGCCUGCAGGCCUUGGCGGAGAUGACCGAUCUGCAGAAGUUGUGGCUAGAUGGUACACAGGUGGCCGGUGACCUGCAACCGCUCUUCAAGCUGACGAAGUUGAAGCAUCUCUUGCUCGAGAACACCGGUGUGACUGGAGGCCUGCAGGCCUUGAGCGACAUGAGCGAGCUGCAGAAGUUGUGGCUGCAUGGUAGUACCAAGGUGGCCGGUGACCUACAACCGCUCUUCAAGCUGACGAAGUUGGAGGAUCUAAAACUCUCAGACACCGGAGUAAGCGGAGGCCUGCAGGCCUUGGCGGAGAUGACCGAUCUGCGGAAGUUGUGGCUGGAGGAUACCAAGGUUUCCGGUGACCUUCAACCGCUCUUCAAGCUCACGAAGUUGGAAGAGCUCUUGCUCAAGAACACCGGUCUGACUGGAGGCCUGCAGGCCUUGGCGGAGAUGAGCGAGCUGCGGAAGUUGUGGCUGCAUGGUACACAGGUGGCCGGUGACCUUCAACCGCUCUUCAAGCUGACGAAGUUGGAGCAGCUAUUGCUCUCGAAUACUGCUGUGACUGGAGGCCUGCAGGCCUUGGCGGAGAUGAGCGAGCUGCAGCAGUUGUGGCUGGACGGUACAGAGGUGGCCGGUGACCUUCAACCGCUCUUCAAGCUGACGAAGUUGGAGGACCUUUGUCUCCAGAACACCGUGGUGCAGGGGGAUCUCGGAGAGCUCCUUCACUUGACAAACCUAAAGCAGGCCGAUCUGAGCGGCACGCGCGUGUUUGGGCGCCUGACGCCCGCCUGGCGGGGCCAGCUCCUGCAGCUCCACACGCUCCGCCUCAAGGGCAGCCAAGUGAACUUCCUGCCCGUGGGACGUGAUCUGGAAGACCUCCGAGCGACAUUCUUCACCAAGAAGAGUCGGCAGCUGCUUCCGGCCCUAGUGAACUUGGACGUGUCACUUUGUCCGCUGGAUGGAGAAAUACAGAACCUGCUGGAGCCCCUGUCCUUCGCAGGACACUUGGCCUCCAUCCGCGCCAGCGGGGCGAACCUCUCCGGGCAUCUACAGAAGAGCUGCUUGCGAGACGUCUCCCUGGACGGCGAGCGCUAUAGUCACCAUUGCACGCUACCCUUGCAGAAAUCCUUGCAAGGCUUGGAGUUGGCGCACAACAAGAUCCAUCGCAUCGCAGGCAUCCCCGCCAACGUCUACCUCUCUUUGGCGAACAACUCGGAGACAUCCCUUGACGUGAAAGCGUUGCGCCCAGCUUUGCACCGCAACGUGCAAGUGGACCUCACGUCGACCAAGAUCUCCAACACGGAUGUCGUCGCCGCUCUGUUUCAUGAAGAGGUUCUGCACAGAACCAAGCAGCUGACGCAAAGCGAUCGCCUGCAAGGCUUCGACUGUUACGGCAUCACCUCCACGUCCCUGCGGGUGUCUCCGGCCUCCUUUUGGCCAGACGGGCUCUGUGCCUGCAGCGCAGGUUUCCAAGGGAAUGGCGCUUUGUGCCACAAGUGCAAGCCGAACACCUACAACCAGCACUUCAACAGCAGUUGCGUGCCGUGCCCCAGCAACAGCACGGCGGGAGCAGGGGCCACCUCCGUCUUCAGCUGCUUCUGCAUGGUCGGCAGGAUGUACAAAUCGGAGCCUGGACACGCCUGCAAGUGCGAUGCAUCGACGGCGCUCUACCAGUCAGAGGAUGCCCAGACUGCAAGUCCGGGUACGGGUGACGUGUGCGAAGACUGCGGAAAGCUGAACUUGGACCGCAGGGCUAUCGGUUCUCGAGAGGACUGCCGGUGGCAGCACGGCUUCGAUGCAAGCUCCGCGUCACCGCAGGUCGGCUACGCUCGCCUGGAAGCCGGAGCUCAGCGUGCUUACAGGUGCUUGGAGCCUACGGCGGAGGAGCGCUGCAACGCUUCGUCAGCGAACGGCACCGGGCCCGGAGCGGCGCUGGGCUGCGCCGCCGGCCACGAGGGCCCGCUCUGCGUGGCAUGUUCCUGGGGCUACCGCAGCCGUGCCGGCGUCUGCGUUCCCUGCGAAGUGGCCUCCGAUGCCCGCAAGCGCUGGACGCUUCUCGAGGUGAUGCAGCCCCUGUUGGCCGCGCAGGGCCCCGUGCUGCUCCAGCUGUUCCAGCUUUGGGGGCUCUUGGUGGCCCUCUUGGAAUCCCAGGGAAAGACCGACGACGCACCGGCACGGGCUGACGGCUUGUGGGCGGAGGAGUGCGUCCAGUGGCUCCAGCUCACUGCGCAAGGUCUUCGCGAUGCGACGAGCCUCGAGUGCUGGUUCGGAAGGACAGCGAACGAUGUCACGGCCUUGGUCGGGCCCUGUGUGCCCCUGGCGCUGCUGGUGCUCUGCAUUCUUCCGGAGUUGGCCUCGCAUGGAAGUGUCAGCUUUAUGCUGAAGCUGCUGACCUUGCUCUACAUCGGGGGCGCCUCGAGCAGCGCAGCGCUCAUGCGAUGCCAGCACACCGACGGAGGAAAAGAGCGCCUGCCCGACAAGUACGCAUUCCGGACGGCACUACCGGACAUCAAGUGCUGGGAUGCCGCUCCCCUUGUCGCUCAGUAG